GCUCCAUUGCGGACACAAGUGAGCGCGGUUCAGCACGGUUGAGCUCAAGAGUGACGCCAGCCUUGCCACCUUGUGAACGUGAUCCCAAGAGGUCUGUGCUUCACUAUGCUCGACCUCUCUUCGUCGCAGGCUCUGAUCAGCCGUCUUCUCGUCUCUGUUUCUCUCUCAGUUCUUUUCCUUUGAAAGAUGUCCUGGCCUUCUUCGUACCCUCCUCCGCCCCGUCGUUCUCGUUCCCGUUCGCCGGGUCGCAGCGACUACCAGACCGAACAGCAGCGGUUGGACGACCUAGACAUUUGGAACGCCGACGAGAGGGAUCAAGUGUUGGGGUUCAAUAGGGUCGGAUCGUACGACUAUGGUCGUCGCGGAAGGGGUCGCAGUCCACCGCCGGACGGAAGCAGCAGGAAACGGCGACGAUCUAUGUCUCCGUACGAACGGGACAGAUAUGACCCUCGUCCUAGAUACGGCGAUGACUAUGAUCCUUACUUUCGUGGGCACUCUCCCCCGAGACGCGGCCACGCGGCCAGACGAGCCCCUCCGGAUCCUCAUACCUUUGAUUAUCCGGCAUCGUUAAAGCAAUAUGCUGACUGGUUUCGGUUCUUUUUCCCCCAAAAGGCCAUCGACGAAGACAACGCCGACAAAGCUGCUGAGCAAGAAGCCGGUGAUGGUUCGAAACCUCGAAACGGCAUCAAAAGUCAUUGGGAACAAUAUAAAAAGGAUUUUGCGUCAAAUCAAUUGAAGACGAUGUUCGAACACCACAGGAAUUCGCCAUGGUUUGCUGAGAAGUAUGACCCGUCUCCUGCGUAUCAGAAGCUGCGUGCCAGGAUUAGGAAAGAGGGCUGGCGAGGUCGUCUUGUGACAUUCUUACAUGAAUUGGAAUCGGGAAAGUUCGACCCUGAUCUCAAUGAGAAUGAGCCCAAGUCACCGGUGAAGGAUGUCCCGGCCAACGGAGAACCCAAGGAUUCAAAUAGUGCAUCUGAGAGCAAGGUUGACGGCGACAACGAAUUGCAGUUCAAUGCCGAUGUUGACUUUGACCCUGUCCUGGACAUCGAUCUCGCUUUCAAUGACAGAUCUGACAACAAGCGAUCGAACAAGCGAGACUGGGAUCGUGGUGAAGAGAUUGCCGUAGCUCCUGAGGGCAACCAGAUCAUGAUACGGACUAUUCCACCGGAUAUUGGACGCAUUAAACUUGAAGAAGCUUGUCGUAAAAUUCCAGGUUUUGUCUAUCUUGCCUUGGGUGAUCCUAUGCAGAAACGCAACUAUUAUCGUGCUGGCUGGGUUCGUUUCCAUGAAGAUGCCGAUAUGAUCUUAGCCAUGAAUGAACUGUCGGAGAGAAAGAUCGAAGGUUUCAAGUUACAUGUUACGCACAACAUGCGGCCGUUUAUGAAUCGUGUUCGAUAUGCACCCGAAAUCGCUAGCAGACCUGAUAGACUUGAAAAGGACCUUAAUAACGCAAAAACCUUGGCUACCAUUCUGGAGGAGGAAGCUUAUAAGCUACGCCACAUGAAGAUUAAGCUCGAGGAUACUUUGAAAGUUGACGGUGACUCAGCAACCCAAGAUCAAGCGGGUGCAGGGGAUGCAGCUCAAGAUCCUACGGAUGAUGACGAAGACGAGCCCAUGGAAAGAGGUAGUGAUGCAGUUGAGCGGCGCAUUGAAAAAAUCAUGUCCGAUAUACGUGAGCAAAAUGUCAUUGAUUCAAAUGACGAGGUGCUUUGGGCUGCAGAGAAGACCCAAGUUUCGUUGGAUCUUUAUAUUGAGUAUCUCCGAGCAGCAUUCCACACUUGCUACUACUGUUGCAUUGUUAGCGAUCAUCUUGAGGCAUUGCAUCGUAAGUGUGUCAAGCACGUAAGGAAGCCUUUAUCAAGCGGGCAUUUUGAGGAGAUGGUGAAGGCAGUAGAAGCGGAAAAAGCAGAGAAGGAAUCUAAGAUGCAAGAGGAUGAGUCAUUUGGUAAAGUCGGACAAGAUGAGAAAAAGGCGAAGACCAAGAAAGACGACCGAUGGAAGCGUAAUGACGAGCGCUGGUUGGACUGGUUGGAUUCCAAAAUCGCACUUCUCAUUAACCGGGAUGGUGUCGACCUUCGUGAAUAUGGCGGAAAGAACUACGACGAGGUGUUGGCCCGGGCCGUCGAUCCCUUCAUCAAGCAAGAAGAUGAAGGCAAGUUUCGGUGCAGGAUGUGCCUAAAGUUAUUCAAGGCUACGCCUUUUGUUGAGAAACACAUUGCCAAUAAGCAUCCAGAAUCAAUUAAGGAAGUCGAGGAUGUGCCCUACUUCAACAACUUCAUCCUGGAUCCUUACCAUAUCCAGCCCUUUUCCCACCCACCGAUCCAGAUGGGUCAUACUAACCAGAUGGCACCUCCGCAGGCGUUCGGCAUACAGGGCCCUUUACAUGGUGGCGGUAAUCAGUACUAUCAAGGGCCUCCCCCUGGAAAUUGGGGAGGUGGACCAGACUUAUUCUAUCCUGCACCUGGAAUGUACCCUUUUCCGCCGCAGCGCCGUGAUGACUCUACUGGACGUCGGCUUAGUGACCGUAUUGGGAGCAAUCUAAUGACCACGGAGGGAUCUGUCAUUCCAGCUGGUGCCGGUCUCCCGCCUAAACCUAUGUCUGCAUUGGAUACUGCCCUUAGCAGUGGUAACGUUCGAAGGGUAGGGAGGGGUGGUGCUGCGCCAGCGACUGGGCCACCACCACCACCACCUCCUGAUGCGAAAGAGGACCCCCGAGCCGCAGCUGGCAAGAGGGUCAGCUAUCAUGACAUGGAUCUGGUUGCAGAGGGCGAUGUGGAAUUAUCGUAUUAGAUUUAGUUAUUGAUUAUAUGGUCCUGGAAGGAUAAAAACAAUACGGUUUCUUGUUGUCGCAGUCUGUUCUAUUAAUUUGUACUUGUUGAUGAUUGAAAUCAAACAGCCUUUCUCAC